UCCCGUUGUUAUUCUUGUUUCCACCACCAACAGUUCGAACCUUGCAGUCGGUACAGAUACAUCGUGUCUCUCAAACCAAAUUGGAAAACUCAAAAUUUCGCAUAACGUCACAAACUCCCAUAUACUUUCGAUACUAUACACUCUACCGGUUUUCUCUAAUAUCCUUUUUGCUUUAAUAUUUGCUGCAUUUUAUACCGCACACCGCACUUCUGUCAUCAUCGUCAUCAUAACAUCGUAUAUUAAGCCGUUUCCAUAAAUUCUCUACGGAAUUUCCCUACACAAAGAGAGAGCACAGAGCACUACAAAUCCUUUGCGUAUAUGUAGCAUUUAGGUACAUGUGUUCUGAAGCCGUCGUCGUCCUUUACCGACGACGCCGCCGAACGCCCCCGAGAGGGUAAAAAAAAAGUGUAAUUUCAAUUUAUUUUGGCGUGGUCAAAUGGAAAUUAAUUUUUGCCUUCGUGUUUAUUUGUUUAUUUCUUUUUUUAUUUGCUGUUGUUCUUGUUUUGAGUGAAAACAGUGUUUAAAAAAAUAUGUGUGAAUGAGAAAAAAAAAAAAACAAAACAAAGGAAAUUGCUUUUCGUCCUUCCACCAUACCGUUGUAUGGAUAUCGCCAUAUAAAGGAAAGAAAUUUCAACGCGAUUCUAAUAAAUGUCAUAUUUUUUAUCGUUUCCAUUAAAUCAACAAAAAUUGUCAAAUGCCAUGCAGCCUUCCAACAAUCCCGCCUCCACCACCGCCAUCGUAGUCCUUGUUACUGAUGCUGAUAUAUUUUAAUUUAUUUUAAAUCUUUUUCUGUUUUUAUUUACUUAUAUUUUUUUUGUUGUUCCGGUAUAAACGACACGACAACGAAAACGCUCCAAGGACGAACCACCAAUAACGGAAGGAGCAAAAAAAAAAAUGUUUGUGCAGCAAAUGCUUUCGUAUAUAGCGGUGUUUGUCAUUGCUGGAUACUACCAAGACAAACCAUUCCUGAUGUUGGUCAAAGCAUCCUCAGCCGCCAUUGAUGUAGCAGCAUCAAGUUCUAAGGAUAAUUUCAAUGAAAAUAAAAGCAAGGAGCUGGGAAUAAGUGCCAAUCGACAAUCUAAUGGUUUUAUUGCGGAUCAAGAAGCUCAUCUAGAUAGUGGAAAUGAAGAAAUCCCAAUUGGAAUAUGCCAAGUCUAUAAUGGCACAACUUGCGAGAAAUACCUCAAAAAUGAGACUGUAUUUAUACCACCGAAUUUAACACUCAACGAAUUAGAAGAACGCCUUAAAGCCGCUUAUGGCGUCAUCAAAGAAUCAAAAGACAUGAAUCAAAACUGUAGAAUAUAUGCACUGCCAAGUUUAUGCUACAGUACACUGCCUAUUUGCCGAACUCCAGAACGUACAAAUCUUUUAUACUUUUCAAAUCGUGCCACACACAAGGAACGCAACAAAUCAUCGAAGAAAAAUCAUCAUCAAAUACAUAAUGAAUCAUCUAUCGGAAAUCAUAUAAUCGAUCGCAGACGGAAAAGAUUUCUUGAGAAAAACACCAAAGAACGGAAAUUAUUUCUCAAGCGUAAAUCGACAAUAGCUUAUGAUGAUAUAUUCACUGGCGAGAUUUCAAGUCAAUAUCCACCGACACGUGAAUCUGAAAAUUUAAGACGUAUUUGUCGAGAUGAAUGUGAAUUGCUAGAGAAUGAGUUAUGUCAAAAGGAAUAUGCUAUAGCAAAGAGACAUCCAACUAUUGGGCAGAAAUUACCCUUGGAAGAGUGUCAGAGUUUGCCUCAUGCCAGUGAUUGUUCUUCUUUUGGAAUUGCCAUCGAUGUCAAUCCAGAAGAACAUUGUUAUUGGGGAUAUGGUUCAGAGUAUCGAGGUACAUUAGCUGUUUCAGCCUCGGGGAAACCAUGUCUCCGAUGGUCAUGGUUGAUGAAAGAAAUAUCCGAUUACCCAGAACUUGCUGGACAAAAUUACUGCAGAAAUCCAGGAGUAACGGAAGAAAAACCAUGGUGCUUCGUAGAUGACAAGUCUUUUGAGAAAAUAAUUGAACAUUGUAACAUAAGAAAGUGUGCCGAUGAGUUAUGGUUUUACAUUUAUCUAUCGAUUGCAACAAUUAUUUGCAUACUCUUAUUGUAUGCUGGUAUAGUUUACUAUAAAAAACACAUGAAUGAUGGAAUGACAAAUAUUCAAAAUAUCAACACUCCAAAUGCAGAUAAAAAUAUUUAUGGAAACUCACAAAUGAACUCAUCACUAGAAAUGGCUCGUUUAUAUGGUGGAAAUGAAAAUUCAAGUUUUGCUCAAAACCUCGAUAGAAGUUCACUGCUUCGAGUGUCCCAGUAUACAUUGCAGGAUGUCGAGUUUGUCGAAGAAAUUGGAGAAGGAGCAUUUGGUAAAGUUUACAAGGGCCAACUAACUCAACCAACUGGUGAGAAAAUUUUUGUUGCUGUUAAAGCUUUAAAAGAGAAUGCUUCCCUCAAGACUCAACAAGACUUUCGUCGUGAAAUCGAAUUGAUAUCCGAUUUGAAACAUGACAAUAUCGUUUGCAUUUUGGGUGUUGUUCUUAACAAAGAACCAUUUUGCAUGUUAUUCGAAUACAUGUCUCAGGGUGAUUUACAUGAAUUUCUAAUCGCUAAUUCACCAACAGAGAGCAAAUGCUUGAGCCAAUUGGAAUUUUUACAUAUCGCUUUGCAAAUUAGCGAAGGCAUGGAAUAUUUAUCCGGACAUCAUUAUGUCCAUAGAGAUUUGGCAGCACGAAAUUGUCUAGUCGGUGAAGAUCUUACUGUGAAAAUAUCAGAUUUUGGCUUAUCACGAGAUAUUUACAGCUCAGAUUAUUAUCGGGUUCAAUCAAAAUCAUUGUUACCUGUACGAUGGAUGCCAUCGGAAUCAAUUUUGUAUGGUAAAUUUACAACGGAAAGUGAUGUUUGGUCAUUUGGAGUUGUUCUUUGGGAAAUCUACAGUUAUGGAAUGCAGCCCUAUUAUGGUCAUAGCAAUCAAGAAGUUAUCAAUAUGGUUCGAUCUCGCCAAUUACUUGCGUGUCCUGAAGCAUGCCCAACAGCUGUUUACUCUCUUAUGAUUGAAUGUUGGCAUGAACAAUCCGUACGGAGGCCAUCGUUUUCUGAAAUCAGUCAUCGUUUAAAAGUAUGGCAUCAAGCACAGAAGAAAUUGAUAUGUCCAUCACAAAUGACGCAGUCCUUCCAUUCAAAUAAUUCAACGUUAGCAAUGAAUUAAGAUUCUGUAGGGUCUAAGGUCUGUUAAUUUUAAGUCACACUCAUUAAUAGAAAUUAUUGAAAAAAAAAUUACCAUAAACUCAUAUUUAAUAAAAAUAUAAAUAAUUUUAAGUUUAUUUUUUUUUUAAUAUUUAACGAAAAACUUCCAGUGAAAAAAAUAUAUGUACAGAAAUUGAAAUCCAGUAACAAGUUAUAGAAAAAAAUAUAAAAGGAAAGAAAAAUUAAAACCCAAUAGGUAAUAAGCGCCUUCAUGAUCGAGACUAAUCAAAAUCAGAUGUAUUUAACGAUAAAAGAAUGGGUCUCACAGAAAAGUUCCAAUUUUGCUUCUUUUUUUUAUAAAAAAUAAAAGGUUGUUUUGGAAUAUUUUCCCAAUAUUAACCAUUAAAAGUAAUUAUUAAAUGGAGCUGUACUUACAUAAUCAAACUGCUAUCAAGAACAUACAAACAUGUUUGAAAAAAAAAAGAAAUACUAAAUGUAAAACAUUGCUUAGCAACUUGCCUGUUGCUUCUCAAAACUUCGAUUAAACGAAUUUAGCUUAACUUAAGUUAAGAAAAUUAUUUCUAAAAACAUCGAUUUUAACACACAAAAGAGGAAGCGUUUUAAAUACUUAAUAUAAGAGAACAUAUAAACCAUUUUAAGAAAAUCCAUAAUCAAGCUGGCUUUACCAUUUCUGAUUAUCUUUUUUAUACCAAAUGAACUUAAUGUGCAGGUAAAAUAUUUGCUCAGCAAUGAAUGCAUUUUUGUAAAAAAUAUAUAUAUAUAUUUUUACUUACAACAGACCUAAAAACUAAAUAGAUACCGUUUUAUAAUAAUUUUACAAAUAAUCGAUAAAUUAAAAAAAAAAGAAAUAAUUUUAAUAAAAAAAAAGGUUGACCAGGGGGCCAACAAAGUUUCCUAUAAAAUUUAAUUUUGUAUCAUAUCCCUCUCAUUUUAAUUGACGAAAUAAAUAAAUCAAAAUAAAACACACAACUAUUUCUGGAGUGUUCAAUUUAGUUUAAGGUCUCCAGUUACUGUAAC